AUGGACCGAGCCAUCCCAAUGACCUAUGGCGGCAGCCUCAGUCGGACUGGAAUUAUUGACAAUGGGGUUGACCGCUACUUUGUAUGGACAACGCACCAUAGUGUCUACGACGGCUGGAGUGUGGCUAAAAUGAUGGAAUUGCUGGCCCGGCUAUUACAAGGCGAAGCUCCGCCAGCCCCAAUCCCGAUCUCCCGAUUUGUUGCCUAUCUGGACCUACAAAACGAGGAGAACACUGCAUCAUUCUGGCGAAAUCACCUCAAAGACGCUAGCUGGGCUCGUUAUCCAGCUCUGCCAUCCCUGCAGCCUAUUAUCAACCCGAGCGAUAAACUUCAGCAACAUUUCCAAGUGUCUCUGAAGUCAGACGCUGUCAGACUUCCUAUAAUUCUUCGUGGUGCAUGGGCCCUGCUGGUCGCUAUAAAUACUGGACUUGGCGAGGCAGUCAUCAAUGUAGUGCUCUCAGGGCGUAUGGCUGCCAUUGAUGGGAUCACAGAUCUCAUCGCACCCACUGUCACUUCAGUCCCUUUCUACGCAUCAGCCUCACAAGACCAGUCCGUGAAAGAGUUUCUGGCUGACAUACAAAACCGUGCAACGGAGAUGAUUCCGUAUGAACAUACUGGUCUUCAGAACAUCCGUCGCCUGGUUGGGCUUGGGCCGGAAUUUGACCCCGGCCACAUCUUUGUCGUUCAACCAGCCGGAGAGAGUGAGUCAGGGACGCCAAUGUUCGGUAUGGGUCUGGAUAUUGUUGCCGAAGAUACUUCGAUGGACGAUUUCGAUGCUUAUCCCCUGACAGUCGAAUGCACGGUGGGUAAUGUCGAAGCAGGUGCUAGCGACGUUACAGUUGAGCUACGAUAUGAUCGCGAUAUUGUUCCUGUUCAAUCUGCGCAGCGUCUCCUCUCCCAAUUCAGUCACAUUGUGCAGCAGCUAUCCGAAAACAUUGAGACUGGGCAGCUACUCGGACAGCUACAGUUGCUAUCCUGGGAGGACAGUGUACAGUUGUCCAAGUGGAACUCGUCCGUUCCGCCACGGGUUGAGCGCUGUAUCCAUGACCUAGUGUUACAGGUGAUGACCAGUCAACCAGAGAGAAUAGCCGUCAGCGCGUGGGACGGCGAGAUGACAUAUGGCGAAUUGGAAGAAGCCAGCGGUCGGCUUGCUCAUUAUCUGGCUGCCGAGUACUCUGUAGGCCCCGAAGUGAUGGUCGGCCUGUGUAUGAACAAAUCGAGGUUAGCAGUCGUUGCUAUGCUAGCCAUCCUCCGUGCAGGUGGCGCUGUCGUCCCUCUUGGCGUGCAGCACCCGGUGAUCCGUAUACAGGGUAUCGUCCGCGAGAUUGCCGCGCCGAUCGUGCUAGUUGAUCGUACGCAUAAGCAGCGUUUGAACACACUAGUUGCCUUUACACAGCUACUUGCAGUCGACUCCUUCUUCGACACAGUUCCGCCACCGCUGAGAAUGGUUGCUGGCUCCUAUAUCUCUGUACAGCCUAACAAUGUGGCUUGGGUUAUCUACACCUCUGGUAGUACUGGAAUACCUAAGGGUGUUAUACUUGAACAUGGUGCUCUUGCCACUAGUAUACUCAAUCAUGGGCGUGCAUUCGAUCUCCAGCCCCACGACCGUCUCUCUCAGUUUGCGGCAUAUACCUUCGACGUUGCUAUCCAGGAGGUUAUGACUACACUCGCCUUUGGGGCGUGUAUUUGCGUACCUUCAGAGGACGAUCGUGUCAACCGGCUUAUACCUUUCUUAUGCGAAGCGAAAGUUAGUAUCGGAACAUUUACAUCUACUGUUGCUGCCUUGGUUCAGCCAAAGGAUGUCCCUAGCUUGCGAGCCCUAAUUCUGAUGGGUGAAGCUGUACAGCCUAAGGUGGUUGACCAGUGGGUUGAAUAUGUAACCGUUAUCAAUGCUUACGGGCCCUCUGAAUGCUCUAUACAUAGCACAGGAAACAGGAUCUCUCACCGAUCAGAGGCCCUUAAUAUCGGCAAACCGCUAGCUGGAGCAUUCUGGGUUGUCAACCACAGUACCCAACUAGUUCCAAUCGGUGCCCCUGGCGAGCUGCUUAUUGAAGGACCGCAAUUAGCACGGGGCUAUUUGAACGAUCCUGCUAAGACAGAUACAGCGUUUAUCAAUGACCCUGCAUUUGUGAAGGAGUUAGGAUUGAGCCCCUGUCGUCGAAUGUAUCGAACUGGUGAUCUAGUUCAGCAGAGUCCAGAUGGGUCACUGACCUACCUUGGCCGACGUGAUACGCAAGUCAAAAUCCGCGGCCAGCGGGUCGAGAUUAGAGAGAUCGAGAGUCAAAUCAUACAGCUGCUGCCAGACGCACACGAGGCUAUGGUCGAUGUGAUAAGGCCAGCUGGGGAGCCUUAUGAUGGCAUAUUGAUAUUGGCGGCUGUUAUUCAAUGUCCUAACGCCGGACCAUCUAGCAGCGGAGAACUAGAGCUGUAUAAUCCUGCAGAGAUUACAGACGCUACACGCCAGGCCCUUAAGAAAUUAGACAACGACCUGGGCCAGGUCCUGCCGACAUACAUGGUCCCGGGGCUCUUCUUACUCAGCCAGAGGAUCCCAAUUAAUGCGUCUGGCAAGCUGGACCGCCGUUCUGUGCGAGAUCAGAUGCAUUUGAUGUCCCGCGAAUUACUGUACAGCUUUUCCUGCUUGACAGACUUAAAGGAGGCGCCGACCACUUCUCUCGAACUAAAGCUACAGAGUCUCUGGGCCACGGUCCUGGUAGUAGACCCGAAAUCGGUUGGCGUCAAUGACUCCUUCUUCCGCAUUGGUGGAGACUCUGUAGUGGCAAUGAAGUUGACAGCAGCCGCACAAGCAGAAAACAUCCCUCUAUCCGUGGCCGACAUUUUCCAAUGGCCUCGUCUGGCUGAUAUGGCUGCGGCCCUAGAAGGAAAACAAGGUCUUGAGAAUGGUCUUACCAUGAGCGAAGAUCCGGCCCCGCUGAGCCUGUGGCCGGAACUUGCCCAGGCUACUGAUGCGGACACUCGGAACCGACUGCUGCUGGAUGUUGCCGCUCAAUGUAAUAUUUCUAUCGAUAAGAUCGAAGACAUCUACCCCUGCAGCCCGUUACAGGCUGGACUCAUGGCGAUCACAGCACAACGUCCUGAGGCUUACGUUAUCCAGCGGAUCUUCCGACUACAGUCCAAUCUCUCAGUCGAACGCCUUAAAGCUGCGUGGACGAUGCUAGUUGAAUCCCUGCCUAUUUUACGAACCCGCAUCAUCCCCUCAACACAAGCUAAUGCACUACAAGUUGUAGUACGGUCGCAACCAGUCUGGCAGAGAGAGAAAACACUUAACGACUAUCUCAAGACCGAUAAAGCCACACCGAUUACAUACGGUGGCGCCCUUACUCGUACAGCCAUUGUAACGAGCGACGACGGCGCGACUCAGUUCUUUGUGUGGACAACACAUCACAGUGUUUACGACGGGUGGAGCGUGGCCAGAACGAUUGACGUGCUCACCCAACUGUUAGAAGGGAAGGCUCCGCCAGUUACAGUGCCUGUAUCACGUUUUAUUGGCUACCUGGCCCGGCAGUCAAAAGAAGAGACAGCAACAUUCUGGAAAAGGCAGCUGGAAGGCGUGAACUGGGCGCGUUAUCCAGCCUUCCCGUUCUCGCAGAACAAUAUCAACCCACAAGAUACCCUCCAGCAACACCUCCAUGUCCCUCUAACAGAACCAACGCCUAUACCCACAAUCCUACGCGCUGCGUGGGCCCUGCUUGUUGCUAUCAACACCGGGCUCGAUGAAGCAGUUGUUAACGUAGUCCUGUCAGGCCGCAUGGCAGCAAUUGCCGGAAUCACGGAUCUUAUCGCGCCAACAGUCACCACAGUCCCCUUCUAUAUAUCAGCCUCCCAGAAACAGUCUGUGAAGGCUUUCCUCGCUGAUAUCCAAAACCGCUCCACUGAGAUGAUCCCAUACGAACAUACUGGCCUUCAAAACAUUCGUCGCAUAGUUCCUGGGCUUGGGCCUGAAUUCGACCCUGGCCAUAUUUUUGUUGUGCAGCCCGCCUCAGAGAGCGAGUCAAGAACGCCGCUCAACAUGGACCUAGAGUGCGAAAACACUUCUAUGGGCGCCUUCGAUGUUUAUCCCUUGAUAGUCGAGUGUACAAUUGGACAGGGGACGAACGUUGAGAUUGAUAUACGCUACGACCGAGCAGUACUUUCCUCUAUUGACGCCGAACGGUUGCUCAACCAGUUUUGUCAUAUUAUAAAGCAGCUGGCACAAAAUUCAGAGACCGAGCAGUCUCUAGGGCAGUUACAAUUGCUCUCUGCAAAGGAUAGUUCCCAGCUUUGCGAGUGGAACUCAACGGUACCAUCUCGGGUUGACCGCUGUAUCCAUGACCUAAUCAAUGACAGGAUAGCUGAGCAGCCGUCCGCUAUGGCAAUUAGUGCAUGGGAUGGGGAAAUGACAUAUCAUGAGCUGAACCGCGCAAGUUGGCAGCUAGCCCACUACUUACUCCAGCACAACGUCGGCCCAGAGGUGAUGGUCGGUGUAUGUAUGGACAAGUCGAAGUUAGGAGUAGUAGCUAUGCUGGCUAUUCUUCGUGCCGGCGGUGGCGUGGUCCCUCUCGGCGUACAGCAUCCGGUAGCUCGCAUUAAGAGCAUUGUGCAAGAUACGGCUGCGCCAAUAGUACUGGUGGACUGUGCUCACGAACAGCGGCUGUCGGAGCUAGAGGCACAUACUCAACUCCUCGCUGUUGAUACCUUCUUUGAUACAGUUUUAUCAAGUCUCGCGAUAAAUUUUACCGAGGCUAGUAUAGCUGUCCGACCAGAAAAUAUAGCGUGGGUUAUUUAUACCUCCGGCAGCACGGGCACACCCAAGGGCGUUGUACUAGAGCAUAGGGCAUUGAUAACAAGUAUUCUUGCCCACGGCCACGCAUUUAGUAUCCAGCCCUACGACCGACUCUCGCAGUUCGCGGCGUAUACAUUCGAUGUCGCGAUUCAGGAGAUUAUGACCACUCUUAUCUUCGGAGCAUGCAUCUGUAUUCCCUCAGAGGAAGACCGUGUUAACCGACUCACACCCUUCUUGUCAGAGGCUAAGGUUACCAUCGCUACAUUAACAUCAACAGUAGCCUGCCUGGUCCAGCCAGAGAAUACACCAAGCAUACGAACAUUGGUUUUGAUGGGCGAAGCAGUUCAAUCUAAGGUAGUUGAUCAAUGGAUCAAUUAUGCUGACAUUAUCAAUGCUUAUGGGCCUUCCGAAUGCUGUAUACAUACUACAGCCAACAAGAUCAGACACCGCUCAGAGGCCCUGAAUAUCGGUAAACCGUUUGCUGCAACAUUCUGGGUGGUCAAUUCAGCCAGUCUACAACCAGUUCCUAUCGGUGCGCCUGGUGAUCUGCUUAUCGAAGGGCCCCAGUUAGCGCGAGGCUACUUAAAUGAUCCUGUCAAGACUGCUGCUGCCUUUAUUCAAGAUCCACCAUUCAUAGACGCGCUAGGCUUGAGCCCUGGUCGACGGAUGUACCGAACCGGAGAUAUAGUGCAACAGAACAUGGACGGCUCACUAACCUACCUUGGCCGACGCGAUACUCAAAUCAAAGUACGUGGCCAGCGUGUGGAAGUUGGUGAAAUCGAGUACCAUAUCGGGAAGCAGGACGGCAUCCAUGAUGCGGUUGUCCUAUUCAUGCAAGAGGGACCUCUUGCUGGUCAACUUGUUGCAGUUGCCAUCAUCAGUGAGGAUGAGACCUCGGUAGCAAGGCACGAUCAGAAACAAGGUGUGGAAUAUCUUUCUGAACAUGAGAAGAGUAUUGCUCCGGUCCUGCUACGCAAAGCUCAGCAUGAUCUAUCAGGGCAAGUCAUGCACUAUAUGGUGCCUAGUGCCUGGAUUCCAGUAGCAGGUGUGCCGAUCAACGCAUCCGGGAAGACAGAUCGACUCGCGCUCAUUCGCUGGCUAUCAUCUUUACCCCUGGAGGAAAUUGAAUCUCUGACGACUAGUAUCAAGGAGACUGGAGAUGAAGAGAAUACAACGGCAACGGCUACAGCCGUGGAGCAAUUGUUGCGGGAGAUAUGGAGCGACGUGUUAGGCAUUCCAUUGCAAAGAGUGACAUACUCAUCUACCUUCUUCAGUCUCGGUGGAGAUUCUAUCACAGCAAUGCAGGUAGUGUCAGCCAGUCGGGCCCGCGGCCUUAUUGUCACUGUCCGCAGCAUCUUGGACAGUCAGACAAUUCCCAAGCUAGCAAAUCAAGUGCAGAGCAUCGAAACUGCAGACCCUUCAAAAAUGCCUUCUGGCAAUGGUCUGGAAACUUCUACCAAAGAGUCGACCAGUGCAGCACGAACAUCAACGAAAUUUCAUCUCGCGCGCCUGUCUGACAGUGACAUGCUGUUGAUUGAGGGGCAAUAUCUCAACUUGCUUGGUCUCUCUUCAAUCACUGAGAUUGAAGAAAUUCUCCCCUGUUCACCAAUCCAGCAAGGUAUCUUGCUUACACAGCUGCAGUCGCCAUCAACCUACUGCAUCCAGCACACAUGCCGCAUCAAGUCGUCUGAUCCUACAAAUCAACCCGUCAACGUAGACCGGCUUCUUGGAGCAUGGCGUCAGGUGUCUAUGCGGCACUCCAUCCUCAGAACUGUGCUACUUGAGCCGCUACCAGGCCAGGAGCGGUUUCUGCAGGUCGUCCUGAGACAACCGGGUAUUAGUAUUCUCAGUGAGGAGGGCGUCGCAGAUACAGCUGUAGCCGAGUGGUUUGAUUCCCAGCCGAUAUUUGAUGUUUCUGAUACUCGGCACCCUCCCCAUCGUCUUACCCUACUAAGGACUACCACAGGUGAGAUUUAUAGCCGACUUGACAUAAGCCAUGCUCUGGUCGAUGCCUCGUCGCUAGCCCUGAUCAUCCGAGAUCUUAUUAUUGCCUACGAUGGUCAAUUGCCGGCUAGCGGUGGCUCGCAGUAUAGCGCAUAUAUUGAAUUCCUUGAGGAGAGACAGCCAGAAGAAGAUCUUCAAUUCUGGAAGGAAUACCUGAGUCAGGCUGAGCCAUGUCUCUUGCCGACUCAAGGCCCCCUACACAACUCCGAAGAGAGGAAGCUUGAGAAGGUUUUUGCGCAAGUCGAUAAUCUUACUGCGCUAUACCGCUUCCGGGACAUAUAUGGUGUUUCGAUCGCCAGUAUUUGUCAGCUGGCCUGGACACUGGUCCUCGCUAGCCAGAUAGGAUCUCAGAAUAUUAGCUUCGGGAAUCUUUCAAGUGGUCGAGAUACGCCGAUACGAGGUGUGGAGGAGCUUGUUGGUCCUAUGAUUAACAUGCUUGUUUGCCAUACUCAAUUGGAUUGGUCUGCAAGGGUCUCAGACAUGGCUCGCCAGUUGCAGACUUGCUUUACUAAUGCCUUUGAACACCAGCGCACACCGUUGGCGUCCAUCCAGCACGAGCUGGGCUUUUCCAGGGAUCAACCACUGUUCAAUUCCACCUUGUCCUAUAAACGCCAACCACUGGAUAACACAGGACAAACAGCCAUCACCCUUGAAGGACUGACCUGGGAGGACCCGACGGAGUAUGAUUUGAACAUCAAUAUUGACGCAGGGCUAACCGAGCUCGCAAUCGAUCUGCAGUACUCUACAUCAGUAUUCUCAUACACACUUGCUACAAGACUCGCACAAAGGAUGGUGCGAACUGUGUACGCUAUCUGCGACAACGCAGAUAGUCUGCUCGGUCAGCUUAGCCUGCUCUCUCCAGACGAUGUGUCGCAGAUUUGCAGAUGGAAUUCGACUAUGCCAGCUCGCCUCGAGCGCUGCGUUCACGAUCUUGUACUUAAUAAGAUUGUCGAGCAGCCCGAGAAAUUAGCUAUCAGUGCGUGGGAUGGUGAGAUGACGUACGGCGAGAUGGGUGAAGCGAGCCGUCGCCUAGCAUACCAUCUUGUCAACUGUGGUGUUGGUCCCAAUGUAAUGGUCGGCUUGUGUAUGGACAAGUCAAAGCUAGGAGCUGUGGCUAUGGUGGCCAUCCUCCGCGCGGGUGGUGCUGUUGUUCCUCUGGGAGUUCAACAGCCGCUAGCUCGUAUCGACGGCAUCAUGCAGGAUGCAGCCACGCCGCUGGUUCUGGUCGACCAUGCUCAUGAACAACGCCUAGCACCACUGAAAGUGCAUGCCCAGUUCAUCGUUGUGGAUUCCUUCUUUAAGGCACCCCCAUCACUCCCAGAAAGCAUGUUGUCUGUUGAGCCUUGCACAACCGUCCGCCCCGACGACGUGGCCUGGGUCAUCUACACCUCUGGCAGCACUGGAAAGCCUAAAGGUGUUGUGCUUCAACAUGGAUCCCUUGCGACAAGCAUCUUCUUCCAUGGCCGCAGACUCGACAUCCAGUCCCACGACCGUCUGCUACAGUUUGCAGCUUUUACAUUCGAUGCGGCUAUCCAGGAGAUCAUCACAGCUUUUGUUUUUGGGGCCUGUACCUGUCUUCCCUCUGAAGGAGAUCGCAUGGAUCGACUCUCCUCCUACUUAUGUGAAGCCAAUGUGACAAUAGCCACAUUAACAUCAACCGUGGCGGCAUUGGUUCGCCCGCAAGACGCGCCAUCAGUACGAACGAUGAUCCUGAUGGGUGAAGCUGUCCAAGCCAAGGUUGUCGACCAAUGGAUCGGACACGCCAAUGUCAUCAACGCUUAUGGGCCUUCUGAAUGCUGUAUUCACUCGACAUGCCAAAAGAUCCCCGACACUUCCUUAUCUCUCAAUAUUGGAACAGCCAUUGCUGGUGGGACCUGGGUUGUGAACCCGUCCAGCAUCGGACAACUGGUUCCUCUCAGCGCGCCUGGCGAGCUUCUGAUCGAAGGUCCAUUGUUGGCGCGCGGCUACCUGAAUGACCCGGCCAAGACUGCCGCUGCUUUCAUCAAAGAUCCCGCAUUUGUGGAGGAACUUGGCUUGACUCCUGGCCGGCGGAUGUACCGCACCGGCGAUCUGGUGCGGCAAAAUCCCAACGGCUCCCUUACCUACCUCGGCCGAAUUGAUGCGCAAAUCAAGAUCCGCGGUCAGCGUGUAGAGGUCGGCGAGAUUGAGUACCAUAUCGGAAAGCACGCUGGCAUCCAUGAUGCAGUGGUGCUUUAUAUGCGUCAGGGACCCUUGAAUGGCCAGCUUAUCGCGGCUGUCAUUCUCAGUGAGAGCUCGGUAGCAAGCCGCCAUCAGAACUCGGCCGUCAAAUAUAUUUCUGAAGACCAGAAGGCGAGUGCUCAAAAGCUGCUACAAAAGGCCCAGAGCGACUUGUCUCGGCAGGUCAUGCACUACAUGGUGCCAAACAUCUGGCUCCCAUUGUCGGCUGCUCCGAUUAACGCUUCGGGCAAGACAGAUCGGAUGGCACUUACUCGCUGGAUACAAGCAUUAUCGUCUGAUGAGAUUGCUGCCCUGAACACAACCGAGGAGACAGAAGAUUAUGACCUGUCGGCAACAGCCACAGCCGUCGAACGGUCGUUGCGGGAGAUCUGGAGCGAAGUACUUGGUGUCCCACUCCGCAGAAUCACCUCUUCGACCAAGUUCUUCAGUCUCGGCGGAGACUCAAUCACCGCCAUGCAGGUCGUCUCAGCCAGCCGGGCGCGUGGUAUCCUUAUCACAGUCCGUAAGGUUCUCGAGACCCAAAUAAUCUCCAAACUAGCAGCCGAGGCGCACACUCGCAACGACGCAGAAGAUGCAGCUCACGUACCAGAGGGGCCUUUUGCUCUCUCACCCAUCCAGCGGAUGUACUUUGACCAAAUCGCUCCCAACGGACUUCGCACUGAGGGAGAGUAUCAUUUCAACCAAGGGGUGUCGCUCCAUAUCACCAAAAGGGUAGAGCUAGCAGAUCUCGCAUGGGCAUUGGAUCAGGCAGUUAGGAAGCAUGCUAUGCUUCGUGCUCGCUUCCGGCACAUCCAGGACCAUGGCUGGAAGCAAGUUAUCGAGAGAGAGCUUGCUGGGUCGUAUCGUCUCUCUUACCAUACCGCCACUAAUGCGAAGUCUAGCCGGAAUAUUGGUGUGCAGUCCCAAGAAUCACUUAACCUCGAGCACGGACCAGUGUUUGCAGCCGCCCUGAUUGAACUGCCGAACAAGCAGGUCCUUCACUUGGUCGCUCAUCAUCUUGUGAUCGACCUUGUAUCCUGGCGUAUUCUCCUUCGAGACCUCGAAGAACUUCUGGAGCACCGCAAACUGCCCAACCCGCGCAGCCUAUCAUUCCCGGUGUGGUUGGAGCGGCAGUACCAGUCAUUGAGCAAGUUUGUGAGCGAUAUUGGUACGCCAGCGGAAGUCUUCGUGUCCGAUACCUUACCGGUGGCAGUGCCGUUGUCCAAUUGGGAGUACUGGGGCCUUACCCCUGGCCAGGAUGUCUGGGCCAAUCUCGCCAGCAUCGAGACAAAGUUAGACUCCCACACGACAUCCUUGCUAUAUCAUUCCGCAAACAACGCCCUCAAUACUGAGCCAGUCGAAAUUCUGCUCGCUGCCCUCUUUGUCUCUUUCCGCAUGGUCUUUACUGACCGUGAUGUCCCUGCCGUCUUCGUCGAAGGUCACGGUCGUGAGGCUGCAGAUGACGAAACAGACUUGUCUGACACUAUUGGCUGGUUCACAACAAUGACACCACUUUAUAUCCCUACGGAAGGUAACUAUAGUGGUCCUGUCGAUGUUCUGAGACAGGUUAAGGACCAGCGCAGGCGCAUCCCUGGCCGUGGCGUUCCCUACUUCGGUAGCCGUUUCUUGACCGUGCGUGGACAAGAAGAUUUUGCGGGUCACGGCCCUGCUGAGAUCCUUUUCAAUUAUACCGGAAGAUUCCAGCAGGCGGAGCGGGAGGAUACACUGUUCCGUAUUGAUGACGAAGAUCAUUCGAUUUCAGACGUUGGUAGCAUGGUCAAGACCUUCGCGGUGCUUGAUGUCACCGUCAGUGUGGAAGCGGACAAGUUGUGUAUCAGCCUCCGCUUCAGCCGUCAAAUCAAGCAGCAGGAGGCUGUCCAGGAGUGGCUUCAAGCAUACAGCAGCGCUGUGAGGGGCCUGGUGAAUGAGCUAGUGGUAGCGGCACCGACUGCUACGGCAACUGACUUUCCGCUUGCCUGCCUGUCUGACAACGAUAUGAGAGUCAUUGAGGGACAAUACCUCAACUCGCUUGGUCUCUCUUCAAUCACUGAGAUUGAGGAUAUUCUCCCCUGUUCACCGAUUCAGCAAGGCAUUCUGCUUACCCAGUUGCAUUCGCCAUCAACCUACUGCAUUCAACAGAUAUGUCACAUCCAGCCAUCUGAUUCAGCCAAGCCUGUUAGCAUAGAGCGGCUCGUCAGCGCAUGGCGUCAUGUCGUUGCACGGCACUCUAUUUUGCGGACUAUCCUGCUCGAGCCACUCCCUGGCCAGGAGAGGUUUAUUCAGGUUGUCCUCAAGAAGCCAGACGUUAGCAUCAUUACUACCGGCAAGAUCUAUUGUCGUCUUGAUGUGAGCCAUACGUUGGUUGACGCCUCCUCGCUAACCCUGAUGAUUCGCGACCUUAUUAGCACCUACGAGGGUAUAGUACCAGCCAGUGGUUCAAACUACAGUGUGUAUGUUGCAUUCCUUGAAAGAAGACAGCCACAGGAGGACCUGCAGUUCUGGAAGACAUUGCUGAGCAAUGCACAGCCAUGUCUCCUGGAGCCGCUGGAGCCCCCGCGCAAUAUCGAAUCACAAGAGGCGAAGCUUGCGAAGGUAUUCGUACAAUUCGAAGACUUUCGGACACUACAUCAUUUCCGGGAUACUUAUAGCGUCUCAAUUGCUAGUAUCUGCCAGCUAGCGUGGGCCCUGGUGCUUGCCACCUGGACAGGCUCAAACAAUGUCAGCUUUGGUAACCUGUCCAGCGGCCGUGACGCACCUAUUCCGGGGGUAAAAGACCUGGUUGGUCCUAUGAUCAACAUGCUUGUCUGCCAUCUUCAGCUAGAUUGGGACACCGCAGUAGCAGAUAUAGCUCGUAAGCUACAAAGCCAAUCUAUAGAGGCCUUCGAGCAUCAGCGGACCUCGUUGGCUUCUAUCCAGCAUGAGCUUGGUUUCACAAGGGAGCAGCCACUCUUCAACAGCACCAAGCUUGAAAUUGAUUUGCAGUACUCAACAGUGGCAUUCUCCGAUAUAGCUGCCAAGAAGCUGGCCCAGGGCUUAGUACAAGCUAUCCAGGCUGUGUGUGAGAACGCGAAUCAGCCGCUACGACAGCUUAGCCUGCUGCCAUCCCAAGACAAGGCGCAAUUCUCUGUAUGGAAUGCAAUCAUGCCGCCACGAGUUGAGCGCUGCCUCCAUGAAUUAGUGCUGGAGCAAAUUGCCGCCCGGCCUACAGCACCAGCUGUUUGCGCGUGGGACGGUGAGUUGACGUAUAGAGAGCUGGACACGGCCAGCCACCGGCUGGCUCACCAUCUGGCCAGACGCGGUGUCGGCCCAGAGUCGAAGGUCGGCAUAUGUAUGAACAAGUCGAAGUGGACAAUUGUGGCAAUGCUAGCCAUCCUCCGGGCUGGUGGUGCUGUGGUCCCUCUUGGGGUCGGGCACCCGUUGGCUCGCAUCGCCGACAUCGUCCAGGAUAUUGCCGCGCCGCUCGUACUGGUUGACCGCGACCACGAGCAACGUUUGGAAGGACUAUCGGCCCACACGCAGCUGCUUGCAGUUGACUACUUCCUUGAAUCGGCCCCUUCAACUCCGACAUUGCCCGGCGAGCCCUGCACCUCCGUCCGGGCUGGGAACGUAGCCUGGGUUAUCUUCACUUCUGGCAGUACCGGGAAGCCUAAGGGCGUGGUUCUCGAGCACGGUGGUCUCGUAACAAGCAUUCUCGCACAUGCACCACUCUGGGGCUUCUCUCCUUCAACACGUACACUCCAGUUUGCCGCCUUCACCUUCGACGUCAGUAUUUCCGACGUCUUCGCAACUCUUGCUUUUGGAGGUUGUAUCUGUUCGCUCUCUGAAGAAGAUCGUCUCUCGAGGCUCAAUCAGGCAGCCAGGGAUUUCCAAGUGACAUACGCCAAUGUGACACCGACAGUCGCUCGCCUGCUGGACCCAAAGUUGCUGCCCACACUGGAGACGCUGGUGCUUAUUGGGGAGGCUGUCGAUUCCGGCGUGGUGGACAGGUGGAACAAGAAUGCUGCAGUAAUCAACGCAAAUGUCGGACAGCCCAUCGCAGGAGGUGCCUGGGUAGCCGACCCUCAAGAUAUCGGCCGAUUGGUACCCCUUGGUGCACCCGGCGAGCUGCUCAUCGAGGGCCCGCUACUCUCGCGCGGGUACUUAAACGACCCCGUCAAGACAGCAGCCGUCUUUGUAACGGACCUGGCAUUUGUGCAGGAGCUAGACCUUGGCUCUGCCCGACGCAUGUAUCGCACCGGAGACAUGGUGCGGCAAAACACCGACGGCUCCCUGACUUUCAUAGGCCGUCGCGAUACACAGAUCAAGGUCCGCGGUCAGCGGGUGGAGAUUGGCGAGGUCGAGAGUGAGAUCGUCCGCCUGCUGUCUGAUGCAACACACGCCUACGUCUCCAAGAAGGGAGAGUCUCUGGUCGCCAUCAUCGAGUCAACUUCCCCCGACCAGCAUGCUUCUCGCCGCGCAGUGCCUUCGAUAAUCAUCCCCGACCGCGAGCAACAGAAAGCUUUCGACUCCCUUCAAGCCUCCCUUCUUGAGGCCCUCCCCAGGUACAUGGUUCCCUCCGCGUUCCUUGCUAUCAGUCGAUUCCCGCUUAACGACAGCGGCAAGAUGGAUCGCCGCGCGGUUGGCGUUCUCCUAGAUUCCAUACCAUCAGACAAGUGGCCGGAGUACACGUCCCAGUCCCGGCUAUAUCAGGCACCCAUCAGUCCCACGGAACAGCUGCUUUGCGAGUUGUGGACGACUUGCAUUGGAAUUGAAAACAUGCUCGUGUCACGCACUGACAAUUUCUUUGGACUUGGUGGCGACUCUAUGACGGCCAUGGCCCUUGUCCAGCAGCUCCAGGGCUACAGCAUGAGGCUUUCGGUGAUCGACAUUUUCAAUAACCCCGUCCUUGCUGAUAUGGCUGCUUGCGCCAGCAUGGACAUCAACGAGACCGCAGACUACCAACCCUUCUCGCUGGUCUCGCCUACAGAACGAUCCAGUGUUCUUGAGUGCUUAUCCCUCAACGACCCACAGGAGAUACUUGAUAUUCUGCCAACAACAGACUUCCUAGACCAGAUUAUCAGAGAGAACAUGGGCCAAGAACGCCGGCAACUGAAUUAUUUUGCUUUCGACGCGAGUGGUCCCUGCGAUGUUUCUGGGGUGACGUCGGCGGUUACGCAGCUGGUCACAAAGUUUGAGUCGCUCCGCACCGGUUUCGCUAGACCCAGCGGCCAAAAAUUCCUACAGGUCGUCUAUGCCAAAUGGCAACCAGAAGUCCGUGUCUUCCACACAGAGAUGGAUCUUGACGCCUUCUGUCAAGACUCCCUGGAUUACGACAUGUUCGCGACGCCCUGUCUGGCACGACCCAUGUUCGAUGUCGCUAUUGUCGUAGGCCCUACGAAUCAGCAUCGCAUCGUGUUCCGUAUCUCGCAUGCGCUAUAUGACGGCGCAACUUUGCAUCGGGUGUGGAAGACGUUGGAGGAACUCUUCGCAGGCCAACCCACGGGCACUUUCAUUCCUGUUGGGUCGUAUUUCCGCAGCCUGCGGGCUCAGACAACCCGCGCAACCGAGGACUACUGGCGUGAGCUGCUCCGUGGAGCCUACGCUCCAUCCAUCAGUGCACAAACCGAGCCCCAGAUCUCAAGACUAGGUCUCAUCUCCGGCGAGCCAAUUGAGCUGGGACCGAGAAGCGCACAGCCUAGCUUCCCAGUCGCGCUGGUUGUCAAGGCCGCGUGGGGUAUCGUUCUCGGCCUGCACGCCUCGAGUCAUGAUGUGGUGUUUGCUGACGUCUACACGGGGCGAAACACCGUGCAUCCAUCGGCAGCAGGCGCCGUUGCGUGCUGUGCCAGGGCUAUUCCAUGCCGUGUUGCAUACGAACUUGAAUGGACAGUGGGGAAACUGCUCGAACAGCUCAAGAAACAACAAGUCGACAGCAUGCGGCAUGAAGGGCUCGAGUUCCAAACAAUUGCUCAGCGUUGGAUGGAAUGGCCGGAAGGCGAGCGAGCAGAUUUCCGUGCCACCAUGUUGAAUCAUUUGAAGGCGUCGAAGGAGAACCUAUCACUGGGUGGGCUCGUCUACAAGCGGACUGGAGUCAGUCCGCGGCAACCCUACGCAUCCAUUGACUUUGCCCUUGAGACGGUUGAGGAAGAAGAUGGCUCACUCUCAUUGAGUAUUGCAUUCGCCGCUGACCGCAUCCCUAACCAGCUGGCGAGAUCAUUGCUUGAUCGAUUCCGAUCCACUUUAGUGACAAUCCUGAUAGAUGAAGAAUGCAGUAUCAGCCAUGUGAUCGAAAGAGUGACUGGGCACGUGGCGAGAUCUUAG